AUGUGGUUAUUUUUGGUGUUCGCGGUAUGCGUAAUCACCUGCUCGGGUACCAAGAUCCGUGAAAGCAGAAAUUACCCCGAUGACAGCCGAAUCCCCACAUCAAAAGGCAAGAAUCCUCACGGAACUUCGCGAUUCAGUUACACCUAUGUAUCUGUAUGUCUGAACGGCACCCAAAAUGAUCCCCUGGUGGUUACGUACGCUAAGAAAUGCGAAAAAAGGGAAUCCCUAGUGGCCUUGGGUAGAUACACCAACCAAGUAAACACUACGGGAUGGGGUAUAUUGGAAAUUGAGACCUUCUCAGGACACCCAUAUGGUUUGCAGUCUUAUGCGGCCGGAGUUGCCGAAGGUGAGCUGACCCGUCGGCUAAUAUCCUUUCAUUACAGAAAUACAAUGGAAGAAAUGUGCAAGAACCACACUUACUAUUGUGAACGUCUUUACAAGUAUUUAACUAAAAAUCUGGAAUGGAUGCGAUCUGAGGUGCUCUCGAAGCCGCCUACGGAUUUAUUCUGGCGACAUGUGAAUCUCACAUUCGCACAACUCACGGGUCUUCGUGAUUCUUACAUGAGGGAAAAUCUAACACCACGAAUUGCUUUUGAGCUAUCUCCUAUCUACAUGAUGCAGCUUCAUGGAGAUCUCUUUGAUCUAGAGAAGUACUUGAAUAAAACAUCUGAUUCAACAGAUGGAGGGCGAUGUUCUGCGUUGGUGAAAAUUGCGCCAGGAAAUAAGGACUUGUUUUUCUCCCAUGUUACUAUGUCAAGUUUCAGUUGGAUGAUAAGACUGUUGAAGUUGUAUAAAUUUGGAUUUGAUCCCAAGGAAGUCCCGGGUCAUACAGUUACUUUCUCCGGAUAUCCAGGUCAACUAGCUUCAACGGACGACUUUUAUUUGACCAGCGGAGGCUUGGCAUUUCUCGAAACCACAAUAGAUAUAUUCAAAACAUCACUUUACAACCAUAUCAAUCCCGAAGGACAAGUGCUCUGCUGGAUCCGCUCUACUAUCUCAAAUUAUCUCAGCAGUACACCAAGGAAAUGGGUCGAGCUGUUCUCUCGCUACAAUUCCGGCACCUACAACAACCAGUGGGAUGUGUUAGAUUACAAGUUAUUCAAGCCCGGAAAAGAAAUCCCCGAGAAGGAUCUGUUUUGGAUCCUUGAGCAAACGCCUGGAUACGUAAAAAUGGAGGAUAUGACAUGGUUCUUAAAGAAUUAUUCCUACUGGCCGUCUUACAAUAUACCAUUUUUCAAGGAUAUCGGUAUUUCUACUGGAGUUAACGAAGUGGGCGAAGAAUACGACUGGUGCAAUUGGAAUUGGUCUCCACGAGCCAGAAUCUUCAAGAGGGACCACAAGAAAGUCGUCGAUAUCGAUACCCUUACAAAACUCAUGAGAUAUAACGAUUAUACACACGACGAGUUCUCUCGUUGUAAAUGCACACCACUACCGUAUACAGCAGAAGCAGCAAUAGCUGCAAGAGGUGAUCUGAAUGAUCCGAAUGGCACCUAUGAAUGGAAAGAAAUGGGAUUCCGUGACCAUGCUGCCUUCGAUUUCAAGGGCACAAACUACGAGAUGUUUUCGAAGCUUCGAUUUAGGGCGUGGGGUGGACCAACGUACGAUCCAUUACCAGUAUUCGACUGGUCAACCACAAAGGUAGUGGCAAAUCACUUUGGACAACCUCAAGUAUGGAAUUUCACCUACGUAGAUCUAGAAUGGGAGACGGAAACGGAGGUUCAGCUGAAGACCGAUGCAUCCACAUGUUUCGUCGAAAUCAGUCAGCAGGCGUUCAGCUUGGCUGAUGUUGUGAGAACGAUGUCAUCAGCAAAGCGUAGAUGUCUCUCACUUACAUCCCUCUUCGAUAGCUACCUACGCAGCUACCUUUCACUGUGCAAUGAAGUGAAGCUCCUACACGCAGGAAUACACUGUUGUGACGAAGCCGCAAUAAGGACUGUUAGCAAUCUUGGCUCUUGCUUCACAGAGUCAAUCGAAUAA